AGAUUUCUCUCCAUGUCUUUCAAGAUAGCAAUCAGGUUUUUGGGUCUGGCUUUCCCAAGUAGUGUCUACAUAUGAUUUUAUAAGCCUCUAAUUUAAUUUUUAUAACCCAGUGUCCGAGGACUUUUGGAAGGUUUGGUUUUUUUUCCUUGACUGGCUCAUGUUCACAUCAACUGAUUUGUGACAUAAAUUUGUGAUAUUGAACUUUCUGUGACAUUUUUUUUCCUACAGAAGGUCAAACUUAAUAGAAAAAUUGGAAGUAUGCCCAAUGAAAAUCCGUACAGCAGGUGGGCUUUAUCAAUGAUGUAUUUUCAGAAAAUAAAUAUUGAUUGUUGUUGACAAUACUUCUAAUUCCCAUAGGCUUUGUCUGGAUCUUUUCUCCAAUUUAACAGGAAUUAAACCAGCAUGACCCAAGAGCAGAAUAUCAUUCAAAACAAGGAAGGAUCUCAUCCACAGCUCUACAGAACAAACAUGGCAAAGAAGCAAUAGAGGUGAAAAUCCCACAGAGUCACCAGGAUGUGAUGCCCAAUGAUGAGCAGUAAUUACUGCAGCAACACUUCAGCCAGCAUGAGUGUCAAUGAAAUGUCUGCCUUCCCUCUGACUUUAGAGCAAAAAACUGGCUUUGCCUUUGUGGGGAUUUUGUGUGUUUUCUUGGGACUUCUAAUUAUCAGAUGCUUCAAAAUCUUGCUCGACCCCUACAGUAGUAUGCCUUCUUCUACAUGGGAAGAUGAAGUUGAGGGGUUGGAUAAAGGAACAUUUGAAUAUGCUCUUGCAUGAAAACUCACAGAACAUCCUGCCUUAAAAUUGCUGUUGAUUUCAUUUUGGAAACCAACCGUUGUUAUUUUGUUAUACAUAUCUGCCUUUUGGAGAUAUGUUGGUGGCAUCCAUUUUGUUAAAUAAAUAUCUGUUGCAAACUCGAAA